AUGGUUGGCGGUGGUGGGGAGCUAGUGGCGGUCCUUACCUGUAGCCGGCGGGGGUCGUCGGCCCUUCAGGGGUCGUCGGCCCUUUGGGACUCAACGACCCUCGUUGGCUACGCCCCACCCUUGCCCGUCAUUGUCGGCAACAAGGGGGUGGUGGCGACAAGGGCCGCGCAAGCCCUCGCCGCCUUUCGGCCAUCUUCAUUCAUACCCGGUUUGAAUCGAUGGCAAGACUUGCCCUUCUUCUUGAUAUCGUCCCUCUCCGUCUAUUUCCACUUCACGGCGGCCGCUCCUACCGCUGCUGCUACGUUCGUCGAGUCGUCGUGCAGGGCCGUGCAGUACCCCGCGCUCUGCGUGCAGUCGCUCGCGGCCUACGCCCCGGCCAUCAAGCAGAGCCCGCAGCAGUUGGCCCAGACCGCCUUGGCGGUGAGCUUAGCCCGGGCUCAGUCCGCCAGGGACUUUGUGGCGAGGUCGACCAAGUUCAGGGGCCUCAAGGCGAGGGAGUACGAAGCCAUCAAAGAUUGCCUGGAAGUGAUGGGCGACAGCGUGGACCGGCUCGCGAAGUCGGCGGAGGAGCUCAAGAGCGCCGGCAAGUCCAAGGGCCAGGACUUCCUGUGGCACGUGAGCAAUGUCCAGACUUGGGUCAGCGCCGCAUUGACGGACGCGAAUACUUGCGUCGACGGGUACGCGAGCGCGGCCCUGAAUGGCCGGUUGAAAACUUCGAUCAGGUCCCGCGUGCUUGAUGUGGCGCAGGUCACUAGCAACGCGCUCGCUUUGGUCAACCGGUACGCCUCAAAGCCGUGAUCGAGCAAUUGCACCACGAAGGCGUUGCAAUGUUUUCGCUCAAAAAUUUUGUGA